AUGGGCGGAAAAAAAAGAGUGCUUGUGUGAAGUGCGAAUAAGUUUCAGUCCCUCAAGGGAGAUGUGCUAGGACAUGGUGUUUGAUGAAUUGAACCAAACAUCAAUGUAUAAACCAAUGAAUCUCUGGACUAAUAAAUGGAAGAAACGCACAAAAUGGAGCUUAUAAUAAAAGCGCGCGAUUGACUUUGAAACUGAGCAGUUGAAGGCUUGUCGGCAACACUCUCGGACUGAUAUUCAAAACGAAAUGGAUUCUGUUUUAAUGAAUUUUUUCUGAAUGACUCCUGAUGUUGUUCACACCGUUUGUCUUAUAUCGUUGGAUCUAUAAAGCAUAAAGGAGGUGUGUUAACGUCAUCCGGGUCCAUAUCUAAUAUAAAGGAUUAAAGGAACUAUUCACGUACAUUGUUUAUUCUUCAAAAAUGACUGUUAAACUGGGCUUUGAAGAGUGUCUGAAAGACUCCCCACGAUUCAGGGCAGAAAUUGAGAAGGUGGAGGUCAAUGUUAAUGAACUGGAGACAAGACUUGAGAAGUUGGUGAAACAGUGCCACACUAUGUUGGAGACGGGUCGAGUGUAUUGCCAGAACAGUAAAAGCUUUGUAAAUGGGCUGAAAGAACUGGGACAUCACUGUUCUGAGGACAGGACUAUGGGGGAGUGUUUAGACAAGUUUUCCAAAAAACUGUCAGACAUCCUUAGUGCACAAGAGGAGGUGAUUGAAAUCACACAAAAGUCUGUGAAGUUGAAACUACAAAAUUUCGUGAAAGAGGAUGUAAAACGUUUUAAGGAUGUGCGUAAGGAGUUUGAGCGAGGCAGUGAGAAUCUGGAGGCAGCACUGUCCAGGAACGCUCAGGCACCACGUGGAAAACAGCACGAAGUGGAAGAAGCCAGCAAUAAUCUGCUGAAUGCACGGAGAGCCUUCAGAUCAGGGGCACUGGACUAUGUGCUACAGAUUAAUGUCAUCGAGUCAAAGAAGAAGACUGAAAUUCUAAUGGCGAUGAUUUCUCUUAUGGAAGCCCAGGCUCAGUUUUUCCAGCAUGGUUACCAGUCACUCAACGAACUGGAAAACUACCGCAAGCAGUUGAAUGAGGAGAAUGCUCAGAUGGUCCUGAAUUCUGCGAGAGAGAAAAGAGACAUGGAGCAAAGCCUUGCUGCUGUGAAGAAAAAGGAUGUGUCAUAUGAUGACUCCAUUAUGGACUUCAGCCCAGAUGCACCCAAUGGCAUUGCAAUGGAAGGUUAUCUGUACAAGAGAGCCAGUAAUGCUUUCAAAACAUGGAGCAGGCGUUGGUUUUCCAUUCAGAAAAACCAGUUGGUUUACCAAAAGAAACAUAAUGAGCAGCUCACUGUUGUUGUGGAGGACUUGCGUUUAUGCACAGUGAAGCCGUGCACCGAACAAGACAGACGAUUCUGCUUUGAGGUCGUCUCUCCAUCCAAGAGCUGCCUGUUGCAGGCCGAUUCAGAGCGACAGCAUCAGGGCUGGAUCAGCGCUGUCCAAAACAGCAUCGCUUCAGCAUUUCAAGACAGAAGAGAUGACACUCAUGGCCCUAGAGAUCGCUGUAGUUCAAUGUCCGGGGGAAAUGUGCGUUUGAGUAGCGGUGGAGGGGAGUCCGAAAUCUCUGGUCGGCAGGCCCUGGCGGAGGUGCAGGCCAUUCAAGGGAAUGAGCAGUGCUGUGACUGCGGGGAACCUGGACCAGACUGGGCCUCCAUUAAUCUGGGAAUCACACUGUGCAUCACCUGCUCUGGCAUACACAGGAGUUUAGGUGUCCAUUUUUCAAAGGUACGAUCCCUCACGCUGGACUCCUGGGAGCCGGAGCUCAUCAGACUCAUGUGUGAGUUAGGAAACGCAGCUAUUAAUAAGAUUUAUGAGGCGCGUAUUGAUGAGAUCACUAUCAAGAAACCCCACCCGUCUAGUCCGAGACAAGACAAGGAGUCAUGGAUUCGCUCAAAAUACGUGGAGAAGAAAUUUAUCCACAAGCUCCCAGAGACGGGUAAAGGUCAGAUUUUGCGACGCUCCAGUGCCAGACGCAACCGAUCAGCCACACAGGACAAACAGACCACGCGCCCGGCUCUCAAGCCCAAACCCAAUCGAGCCACUCUGCCAAGACUCACAGGCUUGACCCCAAGUGACAUAAUGAAGAACAAUUCCAGCUCUUAUAAAGAUAACGAUGAGGAGGAGGAUCUGAGUGGUCUUCAUCCUGGGGCUUUGCUGUAUCGAUCUGCAGCUAUGCAACAUUUCCCUCUAAUGGCAGACGCUAUUGCGCACGGCGCCGAUGUCAACUGGGUCAAUGUGCUAGAAGACAGCAGAACGCCACUGAUACAAGCCGCUGUGUCUAACUCUUUGGCAGCCUGCGAGUUCCUCCUGCAGAACGGAGCUCAUGUUAAUCAGGUGGACUCCAAUGGAAGAGGACCCCUACACCAUGCUACUAUACUGGGACAUACAGGGUUGGUGUGCCUAUUUCUAAAGAGAGCGGCAGACUACAAUGCGAAAGACAAUGAAGACAAAGACCCAAUCAGCAUAGCAAUAGACAACGCUAAUGCUGACAUCGUCACUUUACUCCGGAUAGCCAAGAUGAACAAGGAGAUGCGGGAGAUGGACGGCACUCCAUCAGGAGACGAUACUUACCAUGACAUCUUCAGGGAUUUUUCACAAAUGGCCUCCAACAACCCAGAGAAGCUUAAACGACGUAGCGCUGACAUCAAAUAAGAAUCCGCGCGACCACUAGAUGUCAGUGUUACACCAACAUACACGUGCAACACGUCCACGUGUAUUUCAGAGGACUGAUAAUGAAGUUACAAAAUUGAAUGGUGUUUUUGCUGAAUCAUCAUCAUCAUUAUCAUCUGGCAGGGAAUGGUACCAGAGUAACCACUUAUGAAAUGCUGCUUCAUUUGGGUUGAUUUGCCAUAGGUGAGCAUUUUCAUCUUAGUUCAGUUCUACACAUCUUAAUAUAUUUAUCUUAGUUUAUACUGUUUGCAUGUAACAAACUGCAACUGUCAAUUGUUCCUGGCCAUUACUUAUCAAUGAGUGACCUUUUGUACUUGUUUAUGCCUUAGACAGUACAUGUUAUGCAUGCUAUGAAAGCAGAUAAAUAAGCAAACCAAAGGUGGUGGAGUGAAGUGGGCACGUGAAGGUUUUAAACGGAAUUCACGCCAGUGAUUUCAGUUUUCAUUUCAAUCAUUUUAAACAUACAGGUUGUUUUUCCUUUUUGUUCACUCCUUUGAGAGCCACCAGUGUUAUUGUAUGAAUGUACACAUUAGUUUGGGUGGGAGAUGUUUUUUUAACCGGUUCUCGUGUAUACUUGUAUUUCUUUUUCUUAUGCAACACAUCAGAUGUUCUAAGCAACAAUUGCUGUAUGGAAAAAACAACCCUGAAAGUGGUUAAAUGUGUAGCUAAAUAAAUACUAGGCUACUUCUUAU